AUGAUGAUAACAAUUCUUGGGUUUCCACCCAAAACAAAAUAUCAGGAUGUGAAGAUGUUAAUAAAGCAAGAGUGCAAUAUUAACGACUUCAUCCUUGAUAAUCUUGUGAAUGACAGCGCCGCAGUCGGUACCAAAAAAGUGAGAAUAGGUCUCACAGAUAAUGCUGAGGGCUACAAAGUAAUGAAAUGUCUUGAUGGGUAUCGGAUGCCCGGCAACUACAUUUUGAAAGCUAUGCCAGUGGGAAAACCUGCUACAAACACACCAACACAGGGGGCUUUUGACACCCACAUGAGUUAUCAAGACCAUCCUAGAAAUGAUUACUCUGCUGCUCCAAGAAAUGACUAUAUGGGUCAAAGUAACAACUUCACUAGCCAAGGUCCUCAUGGGAGUGGCAUGCAUAGCUCAGCACCUCAUGUGGCCAGGCCCACUCAUGGACAAGGUGGACAUUCUGGCCAAAUGGACAUGAAUCGUCCCUCACCAUGGGCGACAGGGAAUAACUCCAAUCAAUGGAAUGCUGGUCCAUCAAUGGCAUCACAAGUGCCGCAAAAUACGUUUGGAGGAUUUAAUUCUCCUCAAGCUAAUAUCCCUUAUGCACAACAGCCCCAACAAAAUCCAGUACAUUCUAGGCCUGAUAUGAGGCCAGGUUUUAAUCAAACUAGAACCCACACGGAACAAACCUAUGGAGGAUAUCAGCCCAAGUCCAAUAUAUCUGAAGUUGCGGCGAAUUCCCGUUACCGCUGGUUCAGAAAAGUAGAAACUGAGACGCCACUUCCCGAAUUACCUAGUAAUACUAACGAACCUCAACCCUUGAACCCCUCCUCUAAUGAAUCAACCUCUAAUUCCGUAAAAGACGAACCGACACCCGUAAACGACUUAAAAGACGACACUGAGUCUACUGGUAACAAUAUUGAAACAGAAUCUUCUGAAACGAAAAUAAAUAAGAAAGCUAAAAAGAGGGAAGAAGCGAGAUUGAGGGAUCUUUCUAAAAUAUCAUCUACUUGUAGGAGACGCCUUUAUUGGUGGAUGAAGCGAGGAAAGACCUUCAUGGAAGCUAGAGCACUAUGCGAAAAGCGAUAUAAGAAUAUCCCUGAGUAUGCUACUGCUAAAAGAGAGAAAAAGAUACAGGAUCAACAGAAAGCUCUACGAAAACUAGACCCUGAAAAGCAGGCUAGAGCAGAAAAGUUUCAAAAGAUAAUUAAUAAAGCAGACACGAAGACUGGAAUAUAUAUAUGCAUUCGUAUUACUGACACAGAGACAACUUUGUCUGAGGAGCAACUAGACAAACUUCAGGACAAAGUUUUGGAACUUGUGGAGGAAGAAAAAGGGGAGAUGCCAAGCAUCUCUGGUUGUACUGCUAAAUAUGGAGCCUUAAAACUUGCUUUUACAAAUGAGCAAUCAGUAAAAUGGCUUGAGGCGCAUUUGCCUGAUUUGCAUCUAUGGGAGGGGGCUUCUCUUAAGCUCAUUAACAUGAAAGAAAAUCGGCCUGCGGUCGGAGUAGCUUAUAUUCCAGAUCCAACACUCGAUGAAAACUCCAUUAUUAAGAUCCUUAAAGAAGAAAAUCCAAGAAUAGAUUUUUCUAACUGGUGGAUUACUCAUAUGAAACCUGACAACUCGAAUGGAAUUUCUGUAACGUUUGCUGUAGACCAAAACUCAGUACCAGCUCUUCUUGAAAAUAACUGCAUUAUCUACAUGACGCGCAGAAGAAUUAAAAUCAGAAUUAAGUCGAAAUUUGUUACAGGACAGAAAGAACCAAAACGUUUUGGUCAUCAGGGAUCCAGCUACAUAACUCCAGAGCUAAUGGAACAAUGGUAUUCAUCACCAUUAGAUCAUUGGUAUCCGGGAUUAAUGGGAGGAGUAGUAACGGGACCAAUACCCCAAAUGGUUCCGGCACCAAUACCCCAAAUGGUCCCGGCACCAAUGGAAGAAAUGGGUCUCGGGCCGUCGAAUAUUCCGUUUAACUCAAUGUCAGUAAUGGAUCAAUUUAAUGCUCCAUCUUCUUCGCAAAUGCACAACUUUGGAGGUGGUAACAAAAACAAAGCCUAUGAAAGAGCUUAUAAUAAUAUGGACCUAGAAAGAAGUCGUUGGAAUGACAAUAAACCUCGUAAUUAUAGAGGUCCAAGCAAUAACAACGGAUCAGGUAAAUUUGGGGGAUCUAACAAACAUAAAGGCCAACAAAACAAAUCUAAUAAUUACAUUAAACCUGGCACUUAUAUUAGACCUGGCAGUAAUAAGCCUGGACAAAAUAACAAAUCUGGCAAUAACAAUAGACCUGGAAAAAACAAUAAACCUGGCAACAGUAUACCUGUCGAUACGUUUAAAAGUAAGAAUAGGACACGACCGACGAAAAAGGCGGGUGAGAACAACAAUCCUGGGUCGAAUGCCCACUGUAAUAUAUGGGCACAACUAAAUGGCCUGCCAUCCAUGUCAACGGAAUAA